UUGAAUUUCCAAUUUCUCCACACUACAAAGUUCAUGCAACGCUGAUUUUUUUUUUUUUUUUUCUGUUUCAAUUUGUUGAUGCAAAUCUCUGCCAUGGAAAAACCGAAAGCAAAACGCUUUAAGAUUCUUCAAUUUCUCAUUUUCCAUUUUUCCUUUUUGAUUUUCUUAUCGUCCUCUAUGGAGUUCGAGAAUCCGAAAGUUUCUACAGUUCCGGGGGUUUCGAAUUUGGAUUUUCGGUAUUCGAGCCUUUGAUUUGCUGUUCUAAAGUUGAUUCCAUUAUAAUUUUGUUCUUUUGCAAUUCUACUUUCGCUUACUUUUUCUUUAUUGACGCUUGUCGUCUAUAUCUAUGGCUGUUGUGUUUUCCCUUUUGUUGGUGUUUCCUUGUACGAUAAGAAAUCCGCCAUUCCCCAAGUUUUCUGUUUUCAUGCCCUAUGUCCUACCAGUUUUUGCAUCUAAGUUGCUUGUGAAAAUAAUUGAGCUCACCGUUUCAAUUGCUUUGUGUUGUCUUCUAUGGUUCUUUCUUGGAGUAAUUGAAAGUGGUUUUCACUAUGGAAUCGUUGAAAUUUGUGGUUUCUUGGAGAUUUUUUCUUGUUCUGUUGCUUUCUUCAGCAGCGGUGAGUUCAGUGAUUGGUAUCGGAGUGAACUGGGGAACUCAGGCUACUCAUCCGUUGCCGCCAGGGACGGUGGUGAAGAUGCUGAAGGAUAACGGGAUUCAGAAGGUUAAGCUUUUUGAUGCCGAUCCUGUAGUUCUAAAGGCUCUUGGCAAAUCGGGGAUUGAAGUGAUGGUGGGAAUUCCAAACGAUUUGCUCUACAGCUUGGCUAAUAGCAUCCAAUCAGCUGAAAACUGGGUUGCUAAAAACUUGUCUUCUUAUAUUUCAUCUGGCAGUGUGGAUAUAAGGUAUGUUGCAGUUGGGAAUGAACCGUUUUUGAAAACAUUCAACGGAAGCUUUAUAGGAACUACUUUUCCUGCUCUCCAAAAUGUCCAAGCCGCCAUUGUUAAGGCUGGUUUAAGCAAUCGGGUAAAAGUAACAGUGCCUAUGAAUGCUGAUGUUUAUCAAACUUCCACAGGUCUCCCUUCAGGCGGCGACUUUCGUUCUGAUAUUCGUGACCUUAUGCUCUCCAUUGUCAAGUUCUUGAGCGACAGUGCAUCCCCUUUUACUGUUAAUAUCUACCCUUUCAUUAGCCUUUAUGAAGAUCCCAGUUUCCCAAUUGACUAUGCCUUCUUUGAUGGUUUCUCGCAUGCUUUGAACGAUAAUGGUCAAAUCUACGAAAAUGUUUUUACUGCCAACUACGAUACCCUUGUUUCGUCUUUACAGAAAAAUGGCUUCCCUAACAUGUCCAUAAUCGUUGGAGAGAUUGGAUGGCCAACAGAUGGAGAUCGGAACGCGAAUCUGCAGUUUGCCAAGAGAUUCAGCCAAGGCUUCAUUUCGCAUUUUCUUUCGGGGCAAGGAACGCCAAUGAGGCCUGGUCCUAUCGACGUCUACUUGUUUAGUCUUAUAGACGAAGAUGCUAAGAGCAUUCUGCCAGGCAAUUUCGAAAGGCAUUGGGGUCUAUUUUACUAUGAUGGUCGACCUAAAUACAUGCUUCAAAUGACAAACAGCACAAAUGGUUUGGUACCUGCAUCAAAUGUCAAGUAUCUUGCAAAAAAAUGGUGUGUCCUUGCACCAUCAGCUAGCAUCGACGAUCCACAAGUCGCCCCAAGUGUUAGCUACGCUUGCGAAAACGGUGAUUGCACGAGCCUUGGCCUCGGGACUUCCUGCGGGACUCUGGAUGCUCGCCAAAACAUCUCGUAUGCAUUCAACUCGUACUACCAGAUAAAGAAUCAGUUGGCAAGUGCUUGUAAGUUUCCACAUCUUUCAGUUAUCACAACUCAAGAUCCAUCAGUUGGAAGUUGCAAGUUUAUUGUGAUGACUCAACCUUCUGAAGUUGCUGUCAAUGAAAAAUCAAAGGCUUUGAGGCAUUCUGCUGAAUCAUUGUUGUUUUUUCUUUGUUUGUUCAUUCUGGCAGUUAUGUGAUGAACAAAAAAUACAAAACUACAGAGAUUCCUUCCAUCUCUUUAAUAUGUUUAUGCAGAUCGGAGUGAUCUCUGAGCAGUUCAAAAUUAGUAAGUUUGUAUUUCAAGUUGUAAUUUAUAUUGAAAAGUAUAGUCUACCCUUUUAAAAAUACAUUAGUUUAUUACACAA